AUGAAUGCCGAGAUACUCAAAAAUAAGAUACCACAGUUCAUAAAAGACCUUCAUCAUCCUUUCGCUAUCAACAGUGGAUUCGGAAUCGAUGCUCUCGACAUUCCAGCCGAAGCCUUCUGCAAUCCCGACUCAUUAGAGCGGAGUUCCUCAGCGGAAAUACCUAGCGAUCUCUUCAAACGCAUCAAAGUCUCAAAUGAGUGGAAGGUCUGGUCCGAAGUUGAUUCACAGCUAUCGGAGAUUUUAGACUGCCAGGAGGCCUUGAACACUGUUAAGGAAUUCCAAUUCCAUAUAAAUAUUAACGAAACUUCGCUUCCACCUAGCAGCACAUUGGAUCUUUUCGUUCAACUCUUUGAUAAGACACGUCAGAUGAAAACCUUGACUUGGGAAGGGACUAUUUUGAAGUACGAGGGGCAGGAGCAGCUCCCUCCUUCACCGAUAGAGCAACAUUUCACUCUACACAAUGUUCAGUUCCCGGGUGUGACGACAAUGAUCCUCGACCCAAACAUGCACUUCCUCGUACACAUGGCGCCUAAUCUUCAAUCGCUGAGUUCUCCUUCUGACCCCGACUGGGUCAGGUGGAGGCGCUGGGGUUUUCCUCAUCCGUUAGGAAACCCAACUCUAGGUUUAGUCAAAGCAGCGUCAGGGGCUAGCAAAUUACGGGAGUUUGAUCUGGUAGCCCUUUGGACCAACGAGUUGACCAGCGAAUUCCACCAAGGAUUCCCAGUUCUAGAGACAAUUCAACUACAUGGUUCGCUAGAUGGGUUUGGCCCUGAUGGCUAUGAAUUUGGCGAAGUAUUCAAUGGAACGCUUGAGGACAUUUCUCACCUGAAGGCCCUCACUAAAAUUUCCCUUCCUUUUGAUCAAAAUCCACAACUAGGGCUUGAGUUCCCUGACUGUGAGUAUUGCUCAGCCGUCGAGGCGAGAAAGCUUGCGCGAUUUGAACUCACCCACUCUCUUGCUCUCUCAGAAACUGUGGCCAACAUUGUGGUUGAAAGGUUGCCUAAACUUAAGAGGGUUUGCUUCCAAAGGUAUGCUUGCACGGCUGUAGUCAGUGGCGAGAGACCGACCUGGCCUUGGACCGGCAAAUUGAGAGAGUAUGUCCUGGAGGCGUCUCCACGAUUUCGUGGAUAUAACGAAAGCGGAAUGUUCGAAGAAGAAGAUCCCAAUGGACCCGUUUUGGAGACCUGGGAGGAGGAUCAGGUCUGGUUUUCGCAGGGGGGGAGAGGCGAGCGCAAUAAUGGCGCAGCUGAUGAACUCUAG